AUGGCCUCAUUAGGAAUUAAGAAAUAUCUCAAGGAAAGAGAUGGUAGGAAGACAGUCAUAAACAUGAACAUCAUACAAGUGUAUGCCCCAACCAAUGGUGCAGAAGAGGAGAAUAAAGAUGACUUCUACAACCCUCUGCAGAGUAUGAUCGACAAACUUCCAGGUAACAACAUCAACAUUGUCAUGGCAGACCUAAAUGCAAAGAUAGGUUCGGACUAUGGUCACUGUGAGGAAAUCAUGGACAGAUAUGGAUUAGGAGAGGCAAAUGACAACGGAGAAAGAUUCCAUAACGUUUGUGCAUUCAACAACUUGGUUAUUGGAGGAACAAUCUUCCCACAUAAAAGGAUUCAUAAGGCCACUUGA